AAACCACGUGACCACUUCGAUCGCUCGGCUGCAGAGAGCUACAAGUCGUUGCAUCAAGCUGCUCGUCUCGUCGGUCGCUUUGACAAAAUGAUCGUUUCACUUGCACGAAUUGGCAGCUCUGCGACAGGCCUGCGAAGAAAUCUCAAUUGCUGGACAGCCGCGAUUACGAAGAAGCACAGAGCGGUAUAUGAACGAACAUACCCUACAAUACUCGUUCUUCCAGAUGGGAGUAGUAUAGAUAUGGAGUAUCACGAGCCGCGAAAGAUAAUUGUUUUGCCGCUUAAUAUCGCGGAGCUUUCCGAAGAGGAAAUGAAGAUCAGACUUGCAAAGCGUAAACCAAAAUCGAAAAUAGUUAUAGCCGAGGAAAUUGAAGACAGCUUCGAUGAGAACAGAUAUCUCAAUUUAAAGAAGUGAAUUAUAUGACAGCGUUUUCUGAAACAUAAUGAAUGAAUAUUAUUUAUGUCAAGAUAUAAAAGAAAGAACACUCAUUUGAGGCAUUUAUGCGUCUUUUAUUUGUAUCUUGAACGAAAAUAAUCUUGUUUUCGAUUGCUAUGUAUUUUUCAAUUGCACCGCAAUAACGGAUAUACGUACAAAUACUAUUGUGUGUGUCAAACUUUUGUAUAUAUAUUUCAAAGUGUAGCAAUAAUAAACAGAUUUUAAUCGUUA